UGUCGAUGUCAUAACAACCGCAACGAUGAACCUCGACGACUGGGUCACAAUCGAGACAGUCGAUCCCGAGGUUCGGGCGCACAUAUACAGCUUGGCAUCUGCUCUUGGCGGUUCCAGCAUUGAAAGCGACGGCCACUAUGUGCUGGGAGACGACGCCCUUGCGGUUCUGAAAGAUAUCCGCAAAUGGCUCAGGCUUUACGACCAGAAGCUAAACCGACAUGACGUCGCAAGAUGCCUCGCGGAAGCGAAUAUUGUGAAGGGUGACCUACUGGAGAUACUGGCCUUGUGGACGGAGGACAAGACCAACGAUAGACUCAAGUCGAAAGCCGCCCUGGGAUGCUUGGAACUUUUGGUGCCUUUGACAUGGCCGCUAGAACUUGACACAACCGAAGCGACGGUCAACCACCACCGGCACAUACCCUAUCUUCAACUAGCACACACCAAGUACAAAAGAGCUGUCUUGCAACAUGAUGCGAAAAUUCUCCGAACAGUUGUACGGAUAGCCCUUCCUUCAAUGGCCGAGUCGAGACGAGAAAGGGCUUCAAGAGAUGAGGGUAUCAUCAAUAUCGUGUUAUACUUUCUUCGCAACGUUGCGUUGAUCAGCCGCCCCCCAAAUCUUCCCGAUGAUGGAGACGACUCGGAUAUUUCUCGUUCUGCCACCAUCGACGCCUUUCACAGACAAGACGUCUUUCAACUGCUUCUCACUAUCGCAUCGAGUAUCGGCGAUGAAUUUGUAGAGCAAGAUGCUGUAGUGCUGGAAGUUUUGUUCCACCUCCUCAAAGGUAUUGAUGUGGAUAAACUCUUUAUGGAAGAGGAAAAGUUGGCUAGCUCUAAUACCAACGAUCUGAAGGCCCUUAUUCAAAAAGAAAAGGCGAUGCUGGCGGGUUACGCGAAGAAUGCCCCUACAAGGCAUAAUCGCUUUGGCACAAUGAUCUGGGUCAAAAGGGACGACGAGAAAGUGUCAACGGUGUCAGGACAGGACGUACUUGGCAAUGGCCAACGCAGUCUACAAAAGAUGGACAAAACCAAGAAGUGGAACAAGCCAAGAUAUCGCGGCACGAAAGGGAACAAAUCAGUCAACGACGAAUUCGACAAGAAAGUACCUCUCACGAGCACAGCACGUAAACACCUCCGGACCUUUGUGGAAGAAUUCCUUGAUUCGUCGUUCAAUCCCCUUUUUACGCACCUUCGAAAGGCGAUUGCAAAUGAAGUACCCCGUAUUCUGGAAAAGACUCAUCCUCGCCAAUAUUUUUAUCUGGUUUCGUGGUUCCUUCGCGCCGAAUGCAUACGUCGAGCGAGAGUUAGACAAAAGUCUACCAAAGAAGGCAACAAUGCUUCUAUUGACUCCGAGGACGAAGGGUUCGCUCUGAUUGCAGGCGUCAUGAACCAAGAAACCUUCAUCCUUUUGAAUCGGUUCAUGCAAGCAAGCUUUGACGACAAGUCAUGGCAUGAUCUCAACGCCGGGAUGAAGUGCUUUACCCAAAUUCUCUAUACUGUCCAAGACAUGACGGAAUCUCCCGUUGAAGAUGACCAAGAGAUUUCCGAAAACAUUCAAAACCGUAUCUUCUAUGAAGAAACGACUCACGAUCGCAUUAUCGCUAUUCUACGAACGUACAAUGGUCAAGAUUUCGGCUACCUUGACGCAUGUACUGAGUUGGCGCACGUCUUCAUGCGCAUGCUUGAAAGAUACUCAAAACAAAACGUCGACCUUCAAGUACGUUCUCGCCGGCGGGCGCGAAGGAAAGCAAAAGCUGUUGCACAAGCCAAUGGGGAGGACGACGGAGUUGAACACCAAACUGCUGACGCAGAUGAUGUUGCUGAUGCUCACCGUACAACUUCCGAAAGGAAAUUCGACUUCAUGCGCUUCGCAGCGCGGUUUAUGACCCAAGGUUCCAUUGAUACAUUCGUCGCCUUCACACGUUUCUACAACGAUCUAGAUGCGGAACAACUCAAACGCGCGCAUCGAUUCUUCUACCGUGUUGCAUUCAAAAUGGAGCUAGGCAUCAUGUUGUAUCGCGUGGAUAUACUGCAGCUCUUCCACAAGAUGAUCAAAGGUCCAGAUGGUCUCGACAAGGACUUACCUACUUACAAAGAUUGGGAAGAGUUUGCUAAACAGCUAUUCCGUCGUGCCAUCAAGAAAAUCGAGGAAAGGCCCGAGCUUGUGGUGGAAAUGCUUUUCAGCAAGAUCCCUGCCACAACGUACUAUCUUGAGCAUGGUUAUGAGAAAGAAGUCAUCACGAGGGCUCCCAGACCACCGGCUGAGUUGGAGAUGAAGGGCAAUCUGGACAAGCACGGGCAACUCCAAGUGGCGGCAUCACUACUGAUCAACCAGAAUAAGACUGAUCAUCUUGCUUGGGUCAAGAGCUUCUUAUCUUCUGCCGCGGAAGAACGUAGAGCAUGGGAGCAGGAAAAUGAGGCUAGGAGAGCUAUGGCUCAGGCCCAGCUUUCCGAAUCCACCGAGCAACCUACGGCUGAGCCUGAAGAUGAUCGGUCAAAUGCGCCCUCCAUUCUAGCACGGCCUGACAGCGAUGAACGCCGCAUUGCUUUGUUUAAAGACCGAAAUUUACGGCUCCUGCUAAACAUUAUCGGUCUCCAGCGAAUUGGUGCCGACGAUGACACCGAAGCCAACUGGAUCAUUCCAUCGUCUUUGACUUCUACAAGCUUGGCCGAAAACGAGCGUACUAUUCAGCAGACGGAGUGGGAACCACCCUCUUUUGGCGAGGAUAACGACAAGUCUGCGGAAGACAUGGUGCGUAGUAAGAGACACAAAGCUGCGUACGAUGACGAUGAAGAUAAUGAGGCGCCGGACGCACUAGACGACGAAGAAUUAUACCCUGCUGGUGGCCCGACCGCUCGGAAGUCGGACGCACCUAAGAAGAAGUUAAAGAGGAGGAUGCGGAAGAGACAAGACAGCGACGAGUCAAAUGACGAUGAAAAGAAGAACAGAAGGGCUGAAGCUCGGCGUCUGAAAGACCUCGAAAAAAGACGUAAAAUAAAAAGUGACAUCCUUGUUCAUUCUUCAGAUGAAGACACCGAUGAAGAACGGGAUAAAGAUUUCUUCGCUCGCGAAGAAGAGACAAGGAACAGGACUGGCCGCAACAUCCUCAAUGCUCUCACCCACGCCAAAAUUAACGAACUUAGUGCAGGCAGAGACAAGAAGCGCAAGUCGACAAACGAGGGCCGGAAAAAUAGAAAGAAGAGGAAAGGAUCAGUUUCUCAUAGCGAGGACAAUAGCGAUGAGGAUCUGCUCAAUCUCAGCAGCCGCUCAUCGUCUUUGGAACCUGCCAACCCUUUGAGCAUCGACAGUGAUGGAGAAGAGGAAGAAGCUGACGAUACGCCGUUGUCUUCGCAGCCGGCGGCGCCUAUCAGAGAUGCUGAAAGAUCGGUCACGUCUCCAAUGAAAGAUACAAACACAGACGUGAUCAUGGGCGAAGAUGACGAGGACGAUGACGAGGAGGAUCUCCCAAUCCGCAAGCCAGUAAGAAGAAGCAAUAUGCGUGCUGGAUUCUUGAUCGACGAUAGCGAUUCCGAGUAGCGGAGUGUCUUCGGGUUCUCAUGGACGGCGUUCGGGAUGCUUUUGCAGUACGUGUGCAACCACACACAUGGAGUCUGGGGAUAUAUCUGGGUCCGAGUAUACCAUCAUUGGCCGUUUCUCACGUUUCAGGCUUUAAUCGCACAG